AUGACCAACCAGCCUCCUCUGGCUGGGGUCCGCUUUGGAAGGAUCUCUGGCAAGAUGGAGAUGCAAGGCCCAGGGGGACCCAGAUCUCCAGAAUCAUCAAGGAUAGCUUUCCCAGAUGCGGCUGCUGAGACCCUGAGGCACAGCUCAAAAAAUAAAACUUCUAUAGAGAUAUAUGAAAACAUUCGAGGAAACCCAGUAUCUGGUCCGGCAGAAUGUAGCUUUAAUGCUGUCUUAAAAUACCUGAACAUGACCAAUAACAGUGAAAUUUACACUUUAAGCCGCCCUGUAAAAAACCACAACCAUUCAUCAUGGAUCUUCCUUGAAGUGAAAGUCUAUGCAAUUCUUGAUGUGAGAGAAACUGACCAGUCUUUCAUUUCAUAUAUUUGGAUUUAUCUGAGAUGGGACAAUGAACACAUUUGGUGGAAUCCAGAAGAUUUCUGUGGGCUUGAUCACAUCUUGGUUCCCACUCAACUUUUGUGGAUUCCUGAUCUGACAAUUGAAGAAAUGACAGAGCAGGACAAAGCCUCUCCGAGUCCUUAUCUCAACAUCAGAAGUCACGGUUGGGUUGAAUAUAGAAAUGACCAGGUGGUCAUCAGCACCUGCAGAAUGCAGGUGUAUAGAUUCCCCUUUGACAUUCAGAGCUGUAACAUCUCCUUCAAGUCAAUAAUGCACCCUGAUGAAGAAAUAAUGUUAUACUACAACACCAACGACACAGAGGUGACAGAGUGGUCACGUGAAGCCAUGCAGAUGCAGUCUGAAUGGCUGUUUAUCAGCAUGACAGUCACAAACAAAACAGUCAGCCAUUUUGGCUUCAACCAAACAAUGAUUAUCUACACUAUAAACAUGAAGAGGAGAUCUGUCCUCUAUAUUGCAAACUUCUUGCUGCCUGUUUUCUUUUUUUUGUGUCUGGACUUUGGCUCCCUCUUGAUGUCAGACACCAGUGGUGAAAAGGUUGCCUUUAAAAUCACUAUUCUGCUGUCAGUCACAGUGAUGCAGCUCAUCCUAAAUGACAUUCUUCCCUGUUCAUCAGACAGGAUCCCCCUAACAGUGGCUUACUGCAUUGGGAUUUUCACUCUCAUGCUAAUAAGUCUCUUAAAGACUAUUUUGGUGAUUUAUCUAACUGAUAAAGAUGCACAACAGGACAAUGAAACACAUGAUAAUCAAGAGGAAAAACUGAAAAUAGUCCAAAGCUGUUUCACAGGGCUAAAGAAACAGAGCCAUGUAGAAUCAGUUAAAAAAAUGUCAUUCAAUGAAAUGCCGUCUUUGAACAAACAGGAAAGCACAACCAAACAUAUGGAGGUGCCCCUCGCAAUGGAGGACAUAUCAGAUGAGCUCAGAGAGAGCAAGAAAAAAAGAAAUCUCCUCUGCAAUGGACAUGAAGAUAAGAAACCUUACUACUGGACCAGAGUGGCUCAAAAAAUCAACAAUGUGUUUGCUUUUAUUUACAUCUUAUCAGCCAUCCUGUUUUUGUCAACUAUUGCUAUAAUGUGGUAUCCUGCUUCUGGAGAGAUAUAG